CGGGAAUUGAGCGGCAAGUAUACUCACCGCGUAUACUUCAUAGUAGUAGUCGCUCGUCGGAAAGCCGCGAACGUUGUGCUCGGCUCCGGUGCCACUUGUAGUUCGAUGCCGGAGAGCGUUCCGAGUUGACCGCGUGCGCGCGCGCACAAGCACAGCAGACGUUUUCUUACCUGCCAGUCUCGGACUCUCCUUUGCCUCUUUUAUAUCGUUUGUAUCGUUCGUCUGUACUUCUUCUUCUUCUUCUUCUUUCGUUUUCUUUUGUCUUCUUUUUCUUUCGUCUUCUUCCUCUUCUUCUUUUUCUUCUUCUUUUUUCCUCUUAUAUGAUUUUUCAUUAUUAUAUAUUCCUUAUACUUAAUUUUUUCAUCCACGUUCGAUCUACCUCCUCGUGUAUGUGCUUUUCCUUGUCUACCGUCGCUACCUUUAGUGUGAUUUUCGUGAGGAAGGAUAGAAUGCGAAGGAUACCAUGAACGUACCCAUCGUGUCAGGCGACAUCGUGGACGAUGAAGAAGAUUACAAGCCACGUUUCGUCAGGGUGAGGCCCAACUCCCACUACCUCGCCGGGCCCCGACUAUUUCUUCUUUUUCCACCUCCUUCUCCUCGUCCUUCUCGUCCGCGUCUUCCACCUCCUCUUCCUCCUCCUCCUCCUCUUCCUACUCCUCCUCCAUCUCGUCCUCCUCCUUCUCUUCCUUUUUCUCCCAGACGGCGAAGCACAACGAAGAAGCCGAAGAACUCGCGUCCUCGCGAGUCUCAGAAGUCAACGGCGAACCGUGAAAUCCACGUCCGCUCCGCUCGCGUAUAUAUUCUUUCAUUUUUCUCUUUCUCACUAUUUCCUUUUGUAAUGUGUCUCUUAAUCCAUUUCUUUCCUUCUCCCUCUCUAUCUUUUUCUCUCUCUUUAUUAUUUAUAUAUCGGAGUGAAACGAGAAAGAACGUUAUUUAGUUACGACAUUUAGAUAUUACUUUCGUUUUCGAGAAAAACGUGCGAGGAUCUUCGUCGAUCGAUGGUGAGUUCAAGGCCCAAGGAUAUCAUCCAAAAAGGUGGAAAACCGAUACUGUGUAUACAAGGAACAACUUCUUCACGCAUCGCUUACGACCCUUUUUCUUCAACGAAAAGACUUUAACUUUGUGAGUGCGCGUGAAUUGACCGGAGUGUUAACGUUCGUGGUGCAUCCGUAGAGACGCGAGGUUACCACCCUUCACCCCUCUCUACCUUCUUCCUCUCACCCCCACCCCCUCCCCCAAACCUACCAUCACCAUCACCCAUCACCAUCACCAUCACCCAUCCCUAAUACAAGUACAACCAGUCACGGAUCGAGGAUCAUACCGCGAAUAUCGUGAAGCUUAAUAGGAGCGAGCCAUGCUGAUACUUCCGGACAUAAAGUUACAGGGGUCUGAUCCGAGGGUCGCGACUUGUAGAGGAAAGUUGCAGAAUAAACGUAGCAAAUUGAAUCAGGAGAUAAACAAGGAGCUUCGAUUGCGCGCAGGCGCAGAAAAUCUUUUCAGAGCUACGACGAACAGAAAACUCAAGGAGACCGUAGCUUUGGAAUUGAGCUUCGUCAAUUCGAACUUGCAGCUGUUGAAAGAACAGUUGGCGGAACUGAAUAGCUCGGUGGAACUCUAUCAGAAUGUGGACGGAGAGGAUCCUGUAAUGCCAAUGAUACCUUUGGGUUUAAAGGAAACCAAGGAUAUAGAUUUUCGUGAUCCAUUCAAAGAUUUUAUCCUAGAGCACUAUAGCGAGGAUGGGGAGAAUUAUGAAGAAGCUAUUGCCGAACUUAUGGAGACAAGACAGGCAACGAGAACACCGACAAGAGACGCAGCAGGUAUAGCCCUGCUUUUGCGUUACUAUAAUCAGCUUUAUUUCAUCGAAAGACGCUUUUUUCCACCUGACAGAAGUCUUGGAAUACAUUUUGAGUGGUUCGAUUCUUUGACUGGCGUACCAAGUCGUCAACGCACUGUCGCAUUUGAAAAGGCAUCGAUUUUGUUCAAUGCUGGUGCACUUUACACACAGUUGGCCGCUAAACAAGACAGACACUCUACUCGUGGCUUAGAUCAAGCAGUCGAUGCUUUUCUUAGAGCCGCUGGAACAUUUCGAUAUAUUCAUGAAAAUUUUACCAAUGCACCGAGCAUGGAUCUUGGACCUGAUAUGCUUGAAAUGCUCGUCCAAUUAAUGCUGGCACAAGCGAGGGAAUGUCUGUUCGAAAAGUUGGAACUACAAUCGAGAGAAGGAAGAACUAUCGACAUUUCCUUGGAUUUAGCUCAAGAAGCUGCACAAGUUGCCGCUGUUUAUAACGACGUUCACGCCCUGAUAUCUCGGGAACCAGUUCGUGAUUAUGUCCCAGAAACUUGGAUCUCUUUGAUAUUGGUUAAACGCGAACAUCAUUUAGCACUCGCUCACAAACAUUUAGCUGCUGGUUUGCUUGAUAGACCGAUCGCUGAAUUUCGAGUAGAAACGAAACUAACAUUGGAACAUAUUCAAAAGAGCGAUGGGAAAACGCAAUUGGAAGUGACCGUGCCUAGAGAUGAUAACGAAAGAAAACUUUUAGGAAAAGCACAUUUAAGGGAAGCUCUGGUUUUGCACGAGGAAAGCCAACGGCUACAAAGAAUGUGCAGAGAAUUGAAAGGCAAACAGGCGCUGGCGAAGGUCUUGAAAAAAGGACACGAAGCCACGCUCGAUAUGUAUAAUAAAAUUGGCGACGAAGAUGAUUUUCGGGAAUUAUUAGAUCCCCCGGAUAUCAUCGCGUCUACUAAAUUUCAAUUGAGCAUCACACAUCCGGAUUUUGGCCAACACGGAGUUGAAGAUCUAUUUAGAUCAUUGGGACCAGUAGCUAUAUUUUCUGCAAAAAGGCAUUGGACCGCACCGAGAAAUGUUCAACUUCAAAGAGGACCAGACGGUGAAGGUUUCGGAUUUAGCGUGCGCGGUGAUUCGCCAGUAAUUAUAGCUGCCGUUGAUCACAAUUCUUUAGCUGAAAUGGCUGGUAUGAAGGAAAGUGACUUUAUAGUCGGUAUCGGUGACAAGGAUGUGAAAUGGGCUUCUCAUGAACAAGCCGUAAGAUUGAUAAAACAAUGUGGUGACUUCAUUAAUCUAAAAUUGGUCACACCUAUGGAUAGAAAUUACAUGAAGAAACCCGGAAAGCCAAGUCAGCAUGACAAAGGUAGCGUUUCAGCUAGUAGUUCAUCGGGAGUGUCUUCUGGUCAACCAAGUCCAGCUGGUUCGGUUACAACCGCUCACGUUACAAGGAGAUUACCAUGGAAUCCUUUCAAGAAGACGGUUAAUCAACGAGACAGCAGGGAUCUUACAUUUGACAAUGUCAUCUUGAGAUGAUCGUUGAGAAAUCAAAAAUUACCUUUAAGGGCACGUAGAGCCAACCAGCUUUUAGUUGCGUGCCUCGCAUCCGGUAGUAAGAUGGUACGUACCAUCGUGUGUAUUUAUGUAUGACGCAAAGAGAAUAAAUAAUCGGGUAUACGUAGAUUAGAUCGAAUCGUGUCUUUAUAAAAAUGUAUAUAUUUAUAUAUAUGUAUAUGUAUAUAUAUAUACAUGUACACUUGUGUGUGUGUGUGUAUGUAGAUAUACAUAUGCAAUACAUUUGUAUAAUCCGGUCUUCACAUCACGAACAUUUGCAAAUGUGUUUUCAAUAUAAAAACUCGAUGGAUUUGUAGAUAUUAUAAUUAUCGUUUAGAAUAAAAUAUAAGGGCUUACGCGUUAAGAAAAUGUAAACGUUAUACGAUCAUUGUCGUCGAAUUGUAAAAUGUGUGCAGUUUAUUAUCGAUCGUAUAAAUAUCGUUUCAAAUGUGUAACAAUAAAUAAGUAUAUAUAGAUUCGUAAUUAUAAUCUCAUGUAUAGUUAUGUGUUAUAUAUACAUAUAUAUAUAUACACUAUGCCAAUGUUUGUCAUUUUACGCGAUCGUAGAUUUAAUAUAUACCUAUACAUUACGUUUGCAUUCGUUUAUUGAUUACAAUUAAUUAAUUCUUUCAAAACAGUAUCAGCGAUAAUGUAAAUAGAGAAAGAGAGUGAGAGAGAGAGAGAGAGAGAGAGAGAGAAAGAGUAAAAAAGAGAGAGAAUGAGAGAGUGAUGUCACGACUCAACAUAUUUCCAUAAAUAUUCUAUAUAUUGGAAGUUUCCAUUGUUCUAAUAGAGAUACUUGUUAUGAGCAUCAAAAUCGUAUCAUAAAUAUAAUAUUUGAAUAAUCAUUGGCUCACAGAAUCUCUUUUUUGUAAAUUUUCUAUCUGUGCUUACGUAAAAUACUCUGUAAAAUAUAAAUCGAAUAAAAAAUAUCUUCGAUUAA